AUGGUUGAAAUGGUUGACGAGAGUGCUGCACUUUUAAGCAAGAUGCCAACUCUAGAGAAAUAUGGUACCAACUUGGGAAAGCUAGCGAAGGAGGGUAAGUUGGAUCAUGUUGUUGAAAGAGUUGCUCAAUUUCCUGGAGGACUUACAAAAACUAAUCCAGAAACAAUUGAUGGGAAGAAGAUGUUUACUGGAGACAUGGGUCGGGAGAGACGACUAAAAAAGCUAAUUAAGCUAAGCGAUGUAAUUAUUCUCCUUAUUGAUGAGUUUGAUGACUUAAUGGGAGCACAAGUAGGAGAAGGGGCUAUUGAUGCUGCUUAG